AUGCCUGGCUAUUUCCCCAAGAGAAUGGGAUGGCCAAAGAUUGCUAAAACUACGCCUGGUUUGAUUCGCGUCACGGCUCAUAAACCCCUGCAUCGAUAUAUGCCCGCUAUAAAUCAGGCAAUUAUCUCGCAGCUGCAGGCAUUACACUUCAAAGACGGGGAUUGCCACGUUGGCUGCUUUGACCUGGCAUACUCCAUCGUAGCCCGCAGUGGUAGCUUUGUUAUUGUCGGUUCGCGGCUUUCUCAGAAUGAGGAAUAUCUCAAAGCUGUCAAGGAUCACAUACUUGGGAUGAUCGUGACCACUCGUGUGCAAUUUCUUAUUCCAGAUUGCCUAAAACCCUACUACAUUGGUGGCCUCAUCAGUCGCCUUGUUACUUUUGGGACUAGUUGGGAUAUGCACGCCUCGCGUAAGAUUGUGCUCAAGCACUUCUAUGCACGUACAGCAGAAUAUCACGCCGAGAUAUUUAAUGGCAACAAACAUAGUGAGACUAAUCUCGAUGAAUCGGACAAUCCGGGACUAUACGGUGCCCUGGCUAAAGUAUCUCGACGGCCCGAAUACAUUGCACCGCUGCGCGAAGAGAUUGAUCUGGUUUUCUCCGAAAUGGGGCCAACCGAUUCAGCCUGUGAUGGCAUGUCUCUGCCCAUCGAGUCUGCCUUGCUGACCUCAAACUUUCAACGGUUCGUUUUCGCAGACACACUAUCACGCCAUGGAACAGGCAUCACACUCAAGCAGGGCUCCCAGGUUGCGGUCCCAAGUGGAAUCAUCCAACGAUUCUGCAAGCACUAUGCAAACCCCGACGCGUUCGACGGUUUCCGGUUCGUCAAACGUGCAGCAGCUGGAGCCAAGGACUCCCGGCUGUUCGACCUGAGCCCUGACUAUCUGGUGUUUGGAAUGGGCGCACAUGUCUGUUCCAAAUCCAACCGAUUCUAUCAGCUGGUUUUUGCUCGUGUUUGCAGCCCUGGACGAUGGAUGGCUACUGCGCUCAUGAAACCCGCCUUCGCGCAUAUCCUAUGUCAGUAUGAUGUACUACUGCCUAAUUCGGCUUCCACCCUCUUGGCUGGCUCCCUUUCAUUCGAGGAGUUCUAUGUACCAAACUUUGGGCUAAAGAUUGCUCUGCGGCAGCGCUAG